AUGGAGGCUCUCAAGAAGACGUUCCAGCAGUGCAAGGCCGAGAAGCGGUCAGCUCUCGUCACCUAUGUCACGGCUGGCUACCCCAAGGCCGAGGAUACGGUCGGCAUCAUGUUGGCCAUGGAGCAGGGCGGCGCCGACAUCAUCGAGCUCGGUGUACCCUUCACCGACCCUAUUGCGGACGGUCCGACCAUCCAGACCGCCAACACGAUCGCCCUAGAGAAUGGCGUCACCAUCGCCACGACCCUCCAGAUGAUCCGCGAUGCGCGGAAACAAGGUCUCCGGGCCCCGGUCCUGCUCAUGGGCUACUACAACCCCAUGCGCGCAUACGGAGAGGAGAAGCUCAUGCAAGACUGCAAGGAGGCCGGCGUCAACGGCUUCAUCCUGGUCGACCUGCCGCCUGAGGAGGCCGUCACCUUCAGGAAACUCUGCGGCAGCGCAGCUCUCUCCUACGUUCCCCUCAUCGCUCCCGCCACCACCGACGCCCGCAUGAAACUUCUCUGCCAGCUCGCCGACUCCUUCAUCUACGUCGUCUCCCGCCAGGGCGUCACUGGCGCCCUCGGCACCAUCAACGCCAACCUCCCCGACCUCGUCUCGCGUGUCAAGAAAUACAGCGGCAACAAGCCCGCGGCCGUCGGCUUCGGCGUGUCGACCAGGGAGCACUUCCAGAGCGUGUCCCAGGUCGCCGACGGCGUCGUCGUAGGCAGCCAGAUCAUCACGACGCUGCGCACGGCCGAGGGCGACAAGUUCCAGGCCGUCAAAGACUAUUGCAGCUACCUCGGCGGCCGCAUCCCCGAGACGACGCGCGAGGUUGGCGUCAUCGAGACCCUGGCCGCCGCCCAGGAGCCCAUCGGCGAGGUCCACGUGGACGGCGUCGUCACCGGCGACGCCAGCAGCCGCGACAGCGACCUCGUCGCCCAGCUCGCCGCGAUGCACGGCAAGAUCCCCGACCGCUUCGGCGAGUUCGGCGGCCAGUACGUGCCCGAGUCGCUCAUGGACUGCCUGUCGCAGCUCGAGGACGGCUUCAACAAGAUCAAGGACGACCCUGAGUUCUGGAAGGAGUACCGGUCGUACUACGACUACAUCGGCCGCCCGGGCCACCUGCACCUCGCCGAUCGCUUGACGGAGCACGCCGGCGGCGCCAACAUCUGGCUCAAGCGCGAGGACCUGAACCACACGGGCAGCCACAAGGUCAACAACGCCCUGGGCCAGGUCCUCCUGGCGCGGAAGCUCGGCAAGACCAAGAUCAUCGCCGAGACGGGCGCCGGCCAGCACGGCGUCGCCACCGCGACCCUCUGCGCCAAGUUUGGCAUGCCCUGCACCGUCUUCAUGGGCGCCGAGGACGUCCGCCGCCAGGCCCUCAACGUCUUCCGCAUGAAGCUCCUCGGCGCCAAGGUCAUCGCCGUCGAGGCCGGCUCGCGCACGCUGCGCGACGCCGUCAACGAGGCCCUGCGCUACUGGGUCGUCAACCUCGACGACACGCACUACGUCAUCGGCUCGGCCAUCGGGCCGCACCCUUUCCCGACCAUCGUGCGCACCUUCCAGUCCGUCAUCGGCCGCGAGACGCGCGAGCAGAUGCUCGAGAAGCGCGGCAAGCUGCCCGACGCCGUGGUCGCCUGCGUCGGCGGCGGCUCCAACGCCGUGGGCAUGUUCUACCCCUUCAGCGGGGACGAGAGCGUCAAGCUGCUCGGCGUCGAGGCCGGCGGCGACGGCAUCGAGACGUCGCGGCACUCGGCGACGCUGGCGGCGGGGACCAAGGGCGUGCUGCACGGCGUCCGGACGUACGUGCUGCAGAACCCGGACGGGCAGAUCCUCGACACGCACUCGGUCUCGGCGGGGCUGGACUACCCGGGCGUGGGACCCGAGCUGGCGCAGUGGAAGGACAGCUCGCGGGCCAAGUUCAUCGCCGCGACGGACGCGCAGGCGUUCGCGGGCUUCCGGCUCAUCAGCCAGCUCGAGGGCAUCAUCCCGGCGCUCGAGACGGCGCACGCCGUCUACGGCGCCGUGGAGCUGGCCAAGACGAUGAAGCCCGGCGAGGAUAUCGUCAUCUGCCUCAGCGGCCGGGGCGACAAGGAUGUGCAGAGCGUGGCGGACGAGCUGCCGAGGUUGGGGCCUGAGAUUGGUUGGGAUCUGCGGUUUUAG